CCCAUGUUUUAUCCGAGAUCCGACCCAUUUGUUAUGGAAUAUUGAAGAAAGAAAUGGGAGAAGUAUCAAUUAUGAGGAUUGAUAGGAAAUCAUCCAUUGAAACCGAGCCUCGAACUCUUAAUUUCCGACAAAUUCAAUCUGCAAGGGAUGCGGCUUUAUACGUGUUAAAUACGAUGACUAUAGAAGACGCCAGUCAAAUUUUUACUCAGGGUAUGGAGCCAAUAACAAUGGUGACAAGCAGAGAUACUUAUGCAGCAUCAAUGGGUGAUUAUUUAGAUGAAGAAAAUAAAUUAUAUCCAUCUUACAAUAAUCAACAAUUUAGAAUGGAGGCAUUGAGAGAGGUUCUAACUGCCCCAUUUUAAGUUUUUUUAAAGUACCUUUUAGUUUUUGUUUUGUUUAUCUAGUUUUGUACCCCCUAGCUAGGGCCAAGGCUUUCUUUGUACAUAUUAUCACAACAUCUUUCAUUUUGGGUUUACUAUAAUCUAUAUUAAGCAACAAAG